GCCCGUUCCCGUUGCUGCGACGAUGUAACGAAACCGAAGGCAUCGCCGUUCCUUGCAACAGUUGUGACCUUUGCAAAAACUCGGUUUAACUUGUGUGUAAGUGAGUGCUGUAGGCGUCAUAAAUAUUGUCCUUCAGUCGAAGAUGGCGCCGAAGAAUGCUUAUUCAUGUCUAUUUAGGCUUCCCACAUUACCUGAGGACGGACUGUAUAAAGUGCAGUGGUAGGGCUGGCUUGCUUCGAUUUUCGUCGCCUGUUGUGCUCUGGGGCUUCUUCAAAUUGCCAAAAAUCGGGGCCACUGGAUCCGAAGAAUGGCUCUAAAGAAUUUUCGGACUCCACCGGGACCCGCUUCAUAAAUGAAAAAGCGGCGUUACUGGCUUUUGUCCAAAACAGACUGCUUCCCUCCCACCCCUCUGUCGUGAAAAAUGCUUUCCACUCGCAAUGGCUCUGAUAGCAAGGGUGCCAUGAAUCAGGAGCUGUCCAUAGCACCCGUGUCUUGCCAUCGCUGCUUCCUGGCCAAGUCUUCCAAGGACCACGUUGUUGUGGUGCCCUCUGGUGGAGCCAACCAGGAAUACCAUAGAUUGAUCCCUGCCCUUUUUCGGGAUGUGUCUACCAUUUCUACAAAGUCACUGCUCAAGCUCGUUCAAGAGCUGUCCAACUCGCUGACGGAGCACAGCCUACUGAUGCGCCUGGUGGGGACGCCCAAGGACGGCCUCCUUCACCGGAGCCGCAUGUCUGCUCUGCAGUGCCGCUGCUGCCAGAUGGCACACUGCCUGAAGGCACAUUUUGUGGAUGUUUUCCGUGGAAUGGAAGCUUUGUCACAGCCUGACGUUGUGGAGCUGGGCAAGUCCCUGCGCAUCUACAUGGCCUGCUUGCACUCCAUGGAGCAAGAGCUUCUCCAGACUGCCCACCUAUUCCAGCUGUUCCCCUUGCACCCCACCCCAGAUGGUUCGGUGAAAGCUCAGUUUGUGCACACGGGGACUACUGGUGGCAUGGAGCAGAUGUUCAGUGCUGUUUGUGAGUCCCUGAUGUUGUCCACGGCUGACAAGUAUCGGCAAGAACGGGAAAGCUGGAAGCAGCUGGCAAAGCUUACUGUGGACAUACGUGCACUCAGUGAUUCGUUGCAUACGGACGCGGUUUUAGGCUCCAUGGUUGACUACGUCAUCUUUAAUCCAGAUGACAAACUGUCGAAGACUCACCCACCCAGUGAAAUGGCGCAGUCCAACAACCUGAGGCUGCUUGGGCCUGCCUCUGCCACCAGUUCUGAAGAGAAUCUGGUGGCCAAGAAGAAGCGUCCUUGCCAGCUUGCCUGCCUCGUCUCGUUCAUCUUGCUCAUCGUCUGCAUCGCUGUGGCUGCCAUAGUUUUUUUUCUUGUCUUCUCGUAGCCUUGACUGUGGCAUCGCAGCUCUCCAGCACCUGUCCACUGAGCCUAUCUCUGUCCUCUUCCACCCUUUUUCAACUGCACCUGUAGAAAGAUUAUUCCAUUUUCCUCAAUUUGCUCACUUCAGCUGUUCCGUCAAAGUGUACUCCUCUAUACAGACAUUGUCUGGAGGCCUCCUCCUUGAGGCACUGUUGUAGAUAGAUGUGUGUGCGCAUGUGCUGUUGAUGUGGAAGCACAGGUAGAGAUCAUUGCGGAGGAUGGUUGAUGGAGGCACUUAUGCAUCUCUAUGCUUGCUUCUCAUCAUCCCUAAGCCUUCUUUCCUCUUCUGUUUGUACAAAGGACAUCUGCUCAACAAAAACUCAGUCAAUAAGAGGAAAGUCUUACCCACUUAAGUGCUGACCCUAAAGACAGUAUGGCCAAUGUGACCUGGAAAAGGUAAAGAAAGUGGCUUGUACUUUUUCUUUUCUGCCUCUAUGUUAGUUUCUUGUAUACCAUGUGUAUGUAUAUAAAAGAGGCUAGCAUUUUUUAACUUUUAUUUUCAUUUCAUUCCAAUAGUAGCCACACACUGGCAAUUCUCAGGAGUGCUAGUUCCUGUUUAUGUAAGCUUUUGUAUUGUUUGCUUUGCUCUCAGCAUUUAUGAAGCAAUGGUGGGCUGUAACAAAGAAAACAAAUUCAAGAUUUCUAAACAGAAAAAGUAUGCAUUUUCAGGACACACAGGAGAGAUUUAUUAUUCAUACAUUUUGUGCCAGAUUGCAUAAGUUAUCUACUUAAAUAUCAAAGCAGCACUUAUUUUUAUACAUAUUUUUUUUCUGUGGAGGCGUCUUAUUGACAUGGAAGACCUGUGACCUGACCUUUCGUUGAGCAGGGGGUACACUGUGUGUUACCCUCCUUCACUUAAUCAUGUGACUAUUGCCUGACAAAUUAUACAUAUAUAUACAUAAAAAGACUAAAAGGAAUUUAGAUGACCAGAGGAAGAUAACCUAAAAUGAACUUACAAUAUUUUCUUAGCUCACCGUCUUUUCUCAGAGCUUCAUGCACUGUGACCUCCUGUUUGUGCCACUCAUGCUCUGCAGGUAUCACUUUGCUGUUCUUUCCAUAUAGAUGGCCCUUUGGUCUUCAGAGAGGUGCAGACUAUUUAUGAAAGCACAACAUUAGUAAUAGAGGAAGGCAGGAGAUUGCAAAAUAUGUCUAUACCAGCUGCUUGACAAGGAUUUAUGCUUAGGAAAGUGCACAUGCUUGAACAGGGAGGUCAACAUAUUUCACAUACAUAUUUAUAUAAUAUAGUCACCUUUACUGAUGCAUUCUCACAUCAGUUUGGUUUAAACAUGUUUAAGCCAUAGCUGCACUGAGGUAAGCAUCCCUGCUCCCAUGCUCACUCUCGGUAAUGGUUCAGGUAUAACACUUGCUUUGGUGUUCGCAGAGCGCACUGCUUCUGCUAGUUAGGACUAUUGUGGGCCUCAUAGCUACGCGUAGUUUCUCACAAGGAGAAGCCUAUGGUAUAUACUGGCUUCUAAACCUGGGGAAUUGUCUAAGAUCUCACUCUGAAUAGAUACAUACCAUUGCGUCGAGCUAGCAGCUUCAAGGCAUAGAAAAUAGUCUUGCUCCUAGGAUUCCAGAAAGUGUACUUCGAAUGGUCACCGUAGGCACAUAGGGGCAGUGCUUUUUCUUUCUAUUGCAUGGCUAACACGCUAUGAAGGAGUUGCUGUCUUUUCUCUUAACUCCUGUAAACUCCUGUAAAUUGAAAAUGCAUCAGAUCAUAGCUCUCACAUCUAUGGACAAGCAGUGUGGUUUGGUAUAGUGCGCACUUGCACUGAUCAAGUUAGAAAGCUGGUAGUUGGCAAUAUGCCAUUUUUAUGACCUUAUUAUAGGCUACCUACGGUGAGUUUGAAGCAAGUCCAGGUAAAUUGUAAAUUCUUGUUUUUUAGAGGGCAAAGUCAAAUGUCAGUUGAGAUUACAUGCUGUUCAUUUGAUGUUUGAAUAUUGACUCUUGUUCCUUGUCAUGAGGUUCAUAAAGACACACCCACAAGUUUUCUUAGUGCAUGUUUCUGAAUAUUCCCACUUUAUGUGCUUAUGAUAAGACUAACAUGAUAGCUGUGGGUAUAGUUCUGUUUGCAUGUAGAUUCAACUUUACUGGGGAUGUUGUAGCAAGGUAAUAACAUUUGUGAAUUAGUUGUGAAGAAAAUGUGGCUAUGUAUUAUGGAGUCUGAUGGGGAAAAAAAGUUGUUAUGGCUUAUCUUUUUUUUUAUACAUAAAUAGUUUUUGUUAAUGUAGUGCAAUGAAACAUUGGCAAACAUUUCAUGCCCUGUAGAAUUUCUGUCCUUAGGUGAAAGGAAAAAAUUCUUUGACUGACAUGCACAUUCCCCUAUGUUAUGAGUGCCUGUAUUUUAAAAGCCACACCCUUCGUUGAAGUAGAAAACAACACAACAUUUUCUUAGUAUUUUGUUUGUAUGCUCUGUAUAAGAAGGUAUUGACCAGCUCUGGAUCAUGUACCCAAUGCUAAUGAACCUGCCUAUGUUUGGUUCCUUGUGAUAUACAUAAUACUAUGUGUUGCUACAAAGUAUUUUCCUUCCAUGGCCAUUCACGCAAUGCUGAUGGUCUUGUUGGCUAGUAGUUUCAGAGGAGUGGGCAGCUGCUGUGUGUGUUUCUCACAGAGGUGCCCCUUGUGUUGCAAGGCUCAUCAUACUUUUGCUGCUUUGCAAUUUUAUCUUGGCACUCUGUAUACGCAGUCGGUUUCAUUGUUGGAGCGCCAAAGCCUGUGUACCUGCAAUCUCGAGAACAGUGUCCUCCAUAAUUUUUGUGCCCUCUUCCCUCAAGAUUUUUUUCUCUCAUGGAAGUGUGGGUUGAAGUUGUGGUUCAGCUGCUUCUCAGCACACCGGUUACCACCAUCUUGAAAACUUUUUGUCAUCUGUUCCCUCUCCUAGCUUCAUUCUUGCUCUACUGGUAUUUACUGGUCUUUCUUCUCAGAUGCCUUCCUGUGUUGUCAAGGAAGCUUUGUACAUAAAGAGCUGUAUAGCAGUUGUAGGCAUUAUUAUAGUGUGCAUAUAGCGUACAGUCUUCCUUCAGAAAAUAGAACCUGUACAACCUGUACAAUAGUAAAUACAAAUAUUAUAUAUAUAUAUGUAUAUAUAUAUAUAUAUGUAUAUCAGUAUGUAUGUACAUGGUGUUUUCUUCUUUUUUGACAUUCACCUGCUGCCAAAGGAGAGUGACAGCUGCAUUAAUGUAUCGUUUUAUGCUAACAUCUUAUUCCUGGGCAUGUCAGAACAUGGAGGGAGUGGGUAUGACUGUUUUACUAGAUUGAUUAUUCUUGCUUCUUGGCUUGUGCAUUGUGGCUGUCAUUUUAUGCUGCCAUCAUCCAAAAGGCUAUAUCUAAAUGACUGUGCUCUUGAAGAAAUGCUGCAUUUCAAAACACACUACUUUCUAUAUGUCACAUGUUUGCUUUGCAGCAAUGAUGCAGAAUACUGGUAUGGUCUGAACCCAUGGGAACAAGACAGACAAGUGCCAGUGUGGAAGUUUUUUUGCACCUUCCUACAUUCUUAGUCACUUUCACAUCAUUUUAAUAUUAAAAUUAAGUGUACCAACCAUUCUGCUUGUUAGCCACAUCAGUGCAGGGGCUUCACAUUUCUUUGUGUGAAAAUAUUUGAAAUAUUACUGGGGCCCCUAUUACAUCAAUAUUGGCACUGCAGUUUGUGAGUUUACUAUUAUUUGGUAAGCUAUGUGGGCUCCGUGUUGCCAUGUCAGUUUUUAAUGCAGUUUUAUGGCAGUAAAAUUGCAACACAUUUGUGCUUGUUGCUCACCAAUGUCUUGCACGAUUACAGCUAACUAAAAUUGCAAUGAGACAUGCAUCACAUACGUAAACUUCCUAUCAUGCCAAAUUUAUAUAACACUAUAGAAUCUUCAUGAUGAAGCAGCAGAAUCGCAUUAGAAGUGCUAAUUUAUGCAGCAAGAAAACCUGGCAUAGCGGCCAGUUGAUUUUUGGGACGUGUGUGAUGUAAAAUGUGCCCAGAUAAGCUGGCAGUGCUAUAAAAUGAAUUUAACGGCUUUAAGAAAAGUAAUUUCAUCGCCUUUUGAAAUGUCAGCAGAAUGGAAUGCUUGUCAAUAGACUUUUGCUCAAUCUUGCACUUUAGUGCAAUAAUAUCAUCUACUUUACAUUCUGGGAUGGCUGCACAUCUUCUGUUAGCCCAAUACCAACUGCUCGAUGUGUGUUGCAUCUUGUCACUAGUGGGAACGUUGGCACUCUAGGGUUAUGUCACGUUGCGUGAAUUCAGUUUGGAUCUUUCUGCCUGCUUACAAGCUUCUACCAUUAUGGUCUGUAAGCACACAAGCAAACUUGUUAAAAGGAUAGAAAUGCUGUAAUGGUUGCUGGCAAGUUGACUGCAGACCCGCUGGUUGCUUCUUAUGUCAAUCGAGCCCAACUCCAAGAUUUCUUGCAUGAUCGCCUAUGAGGCAUACUGCAGCACUGAAAGUGCGCCGUGGGGAUAGCUGUCGUGAGCUGACAUGCCUACCCUGACAAAACUGUCUGCUGACUUGCCAAGCUUGGAUGUGACCUAUGAAAACAGCAGCACAAGAUGAAGUUGAUGCUAUUAAUCAAACUUAAAUACUUGCAUGUCUUCUUUGUGGGAUGAGCUACUUUCAUGUUUCUCCAUGACCACACCAUUUCUACCACCACAUUUUGUGAACACAUUUGCUGCCUGACAUCAAUUUGUUUCAAUUCUAGUGGCAUGAAACAUUACUCGGUCAAAUUUGUUGCAUAAUACGAAAUAUACUGUGCCUAAGAAAAGUGUAUGAAGUUAUAUCCAAUUGAAGCUUUUGUGUCACUGAGGCACUACUAAAAGAGAUCUUGAACAUAUUGAUGCACACAUUUUUCUUAUACUGUAGUACUAAAAUUUCUCAUUUGUUUCUGUUUCUGGUAAACGUUUCAAAUGGAUAGUAUGAUGAUUGUGACAACAUGCAUAACAGUGAUUGUGGUUGUUUUGACCUACAGACCUCCAUGGUUGCAAAUCUUAGGGCCCCUUUGAAAAAUUUCCACAAUACAUGCUGCCCAACAAAACGUGAAGCUUUGGACUUGAACAUCAAUGAUUUUGUGCUGCUGUUUUUUGCUAUUUAUAACAGCUUGAAUGAACAGCCAAGUGCUCCAGAUGUAUGAAGAGACCUCAGAAAUCAUGCAGUCAUCGGAUGCACGCUGAGCUUGUUCAAUACAUUUGCAUGAGCAUAGCAGGACAGGGACUGUAAUGAGGGAGCUGUCUUUUUGGUGCUUCAAAAAUAUAACAGGUGGUCAUGGUUGUUAAAUGACCUGAUGCUACUUGUGACGAUCGGAUUCAAGGGCUUAAAGUGGCCCUUAACCACUUUUUAUUGAAGUCGAGAAAUGCAUUUGAAGUUAAAUUAGACUAUUUCAGAAAUACUUUGCUGCCAAAAGUUAUUCAAUGUGUUCAGCAAAAGCGGAGUUAUUGGCAAUCAAACAUAGCGUUUGCGGUGCUUCCACUCCUUCUUCAAUUAUUUGCAUUGCGAAGGCUACAGCGGAGCGGGGUGUGACCACAACGUUCCGCUACUGGACCUCACCAUGGGGCGCAGUUUCAAAUUUGAUUUUGGAUGUUCGCACAGUCGGCACUAUUUCAGAUUUUGGUGCUAACGACAUGCAAAACGCAGAUGUCCUCAUUGAGCUGCAGUGUGCUCAACCAGUGGACUCGUCGCGGCACCCCGCGGCUGCCGCGGAAUCUACGCUACGUAGCAAACAGCAGCUACAUGCGAUUGCAGCAUUUGCUUUGUGCACGACAGGGCUAGAGUGCGCGCUUGUGCUCAAAUGCUCCUGUUUGGCUGUGCUACGUGGUGCAUACUGGCUUUGUUCUGCACCAGCUUGACCGACAGAUAGUAGCCACAUCCAACUCGUGCAUUUUGAAGCGCUAUCAAGAACUCAUUACAAAGCAAAGUCUGCCAAGGAAUUUAACCAGGAGUGGCCAGGAAGUGUGCACUAGUCUAACCGUAAGUUUCGUAUGGUUAGACGUUUAUUGAGUGUUCAUCAAAACUGGUUGAAAUUAGGAAGACUCUACGGCUACAACAUCGAUAACCAUGGUGGCGAAAGUUUAAUUCCUACGCGGACGGCCGAGGAAGAGCGUGAACAGAUGAUAGUUGGCUUCGUCCCGAAAUAUGCAAUUAUCAAAAUUCAAGAGCAGAUUUUCGUUUACUUCAGCUUGUUUGUUAAACUGCGUCAAUAAAUACACUCAGUAACAGUAGGAAGAAGUGCACUGAUCCAAACACCCUUCUUGAUUGGUGUCAGCUAUUGGUCAAUAGCAGCCAUGUAUGGGAAUCUGCUGUAUUAAGAAAUAAGGUGUCCAGAAAAGAGUGAGGAGCAGACUUAUAUUGAAAAGAGAGUGUUCGAGAGAAGGGUGACUCUGCACUCUGCUUGCAAGAUCCUUGCGCCGCACACGACUGCAAAAUUUGGCUGAGAUGUUCACAGCAGCAUAUGCUAUCCGCAGCCUGUGGUUUUUUCACUAAGCCCGAAGGGUGGUUCAGGGCCCCUUUAAAAAAUUGAAAAAUGUACAAUUUGUUCAUUUACACUGUCUGUAAGUGUAACAAGUUAACAAAUAGGUCAGGUUCUUGCCAGUCACCUGGCUGACACUUUUGUGCUGUGUUGUACUAAACUUUGUCGUAGGCUACAUAUAAAAGUCCAUUUACAUAGGUGUAGUCCUGGCUUUCUUAAGAGUUUUGGAGGCCUAGCAGUUGCACCGGGUGCAUUAAAAAAGAAAGUUUCAAAAGUUUCAAAAAGAUGGAAAUCUCAAAAAAUAUUUAAAAAAGGCUAUUUUGUUGCGUAUGAAGUACGAUUUUGAAGUAGCACAGAUCAGAUUUUUGUGUCUUAAGUUGCAAAAACAAAGAAAAAUAAAUAUAGAGAAAGACUUUAGUUGUUCAUAUUUAUGCAAAUGCAGCAUAUAGGGAGUAUUCAGGUGGCGUCGCAUAGGCCACAGUAUUGUCCUAUUCACAGCUUUCACUGUGGUUCGCUGAAGAUAAGCUAAUUGGGAUAACACGCAGCUUUUCUCUAUGAUGACUGUACAACAAUACGGUGACCUUCAUGAUGUCAGCGCACACCCCAUACUGUUUGGAUAUAGUUGUCUUCCUGGCGACACAGGGCUGCAACUAAAGCUUCAGAGAGCAGAUUUAUGCAUGCCAUUUGAAGUAAAUACUCUCAGGUUAGGCAGGAGUCACUUGCAGACGCUCUUUCAGGCACAAAAAGUUAAUUUGUGAAAUUUUCUCAGGAGUCACGCUUCAAAAUCUCAAGAAAUGUCUUUUCCAUACAGGGAUGGUUGUGUGCCCUCUCCAAUGUCUGGCAUGCCCAUUAACUGGCCAGUUAAGGCGGGUUACUUGUUGAAACUAGUCAGCGCUUUCCUUUUGCAACGGACCUGCAUAAAUGAAAACAAAACACCCUGUAUAUAUAUACACAUAUACAUACAUACAUAAGACGCUACAAUUAAAUACCGCACUUUACUUGAAGCGCUCGCUCAGUGGAACUACUGUUCAAAGUACGUAAAGAAUUCUUGUUUUAGGCGUAAGCUCUGUUGGGCACCGAUUCCGUUGUCUUUCCUUUUGGUUUUCUGGUGCCUUUUGGCUGCUGGUGGUUUUUUCGCAUUGCGAAAGUCUGUGAUAUAAUUUUGAAUGUGGCAGCUAGUCCUGAGUGCUCACAGCCAGCUCCUGGAAGUUUCAGAAUUUUCCUCUGCCAACAUUUUUCUGCUGCCGCAUUUUCUCGAGUUGAUUCUGCCAUUAAACACACAACUCGUUGAAAGAGUGAAUGCAUGCACAUAUGGUAGAGUUGCCUCUCAUCAAGGUAUCUUGAGUUGCUGUUGGCCAUAAGUGUCAUGUUGCCUGAAUGUUCUGAGAGGACUUUGUAUUGUCCAUCUGUCGUCAGUGUUUCCUUGGCUAGUAACAUCACUCAUUGAACAUUAUGUGUGAGAGAAUGUUUCCAUCCUUAAUGCAUGGUUAAAACAUGUUUUGUCAUUUGUUGGCCUUAUAUAUUUAUGGAGGAUGUGCAACAGUAAACUCCAUUUGUGCUCUUUAAUUUAGCUCGAGGCAGCCUGGAUAUUUGCAUCACUCAAACAUGCAUGAAGCUAUAUUUAGUGGAAGCUGUGCAAAAGAGUUCCAACACAUUUGUCAUCCUAAUGGACACAUUCUUAUGAAGUGAAACUGCACCCAGCUUUCGUGCUUAGGUUGUGUGUUCUCAUGUGAUGAGUUGUGACUCCUAUUGCGUUCAUAAUUGCUGCCACGUAGCAUAAUACCUGUCAUAUGUUCUGUGGACUGCAUUUAAUUGCAAAUUUAUUAUAUGUGGAGUCCUUGACAGUUUUUCUUACCUUUGGAAACAGCACUUGAUUUUACAUAGGUUUAAGCAAGAUUACAUCAAGUCUUGGAUGUGCAUUAAAACACUUAGUCUUCUUUUUGCAUGUGUCUAGACAAGCAACCAACCAAUUUCAGAUUAUUUUACCAGCUCCUUUGGAAAGUUUCUUGGCAUGUUUCACUAUGUUGCACAUAGCUUUUAGUGAAUGAAUGCUCUGCAUGAUGGUGUGUAAACUCUGCAACAGCAAGUUGUCUAGGUGGCUGCAGUGCUUUUGCAGUUUGAUAGACAGAAGUAUGUGUGCAUGCAUGCCUCUGUGUGUGUGUGAACAGGCUUUUACUUCAUGCUUGUUCUUUCCUGGCCCAAUAGCAUGUCGUAUAUGAAUACUAGUCUUUUUCAGAAGAGGCUUGGAAGAAGCCGCCUAUGUGGAAGCUGUAUGUUAACUGCCUAUGUUUCAUCGUACAUGCAUUCUGUCUGGUUCUCUCCAAGUGAGGAUGUAUUUUUAACACCAUUAAUGCAGUGUUGUCCACUCUGUGUGUGAAGAAAUGUAUGUGCCUUACUUAUGAAUGAAUUCAUUCACUCUCUGUGCAACUCUGGGGUAAGCUGUUUUUGAGUCAUGAUUGAAGCAUUGACCCAAGUGCUUCUUAUCAUGUUGCUUGCACGUGCAAUUCUCAACUACUAGCUCUUCUAUCUAAUGAACGCUGUUAUUCCCACGGCAAUCCUUAGUGUUGUCACGCAGUAAGAUGUCUCUGCAUAUGCUCUGCAGCUCCACAGGGAAUGCAUUUGAACCAUGUCAUAGAUAGUGUUGGCUUUAUAUAGCAGCCACAGUACAGACACAGCAUUUAUAGAAAAAAAUAUUGUCACUGUUUCAUGGUUUGUUUAUUAUUUUUUACAUUGUUCCAGUGUUAUCAAAUUUUCUCUGAAGGUAUGGCAGGCUGUUCAAAGUGUUUCAAAGUUUAUGCCAAAGAAUAGUUGCGCUCUGUUGUGGAAGCUGACUACACAACAUGUGGCAAAGCUUCAGCACAAUGCAUUUGGCUGCUCAAAAGAAAGGAAGCUCAUCGCUGUGAUUUGUGAGGCAGAAAGCAGUUGUGUGAUCUCUUGCCUAUGAGUUGUCUUUCCCGUAAAACAGCAGUCUUUUGUAAUGUGCUCAGUGCUGUUUGCCCGUGUUGCUCAUAGCUCAAAUGAAAUGUGCACGCUUUUGAAUGGCCCUUGAUGCGAUGACUCACAAGUGGCACAUGUUGCAUGCCCAUAGGAGCGGUCGUGUGUACUAGGCAUUAUGUGUGUGUUUGGCCACAUUUUGUUACACAAGAUAUUUUGUUGUAAGACAUUGUCAGACACAUGGAAAAAAGAACAAGAACAAUGUUAUGAAUAUAACCAGCUUCUGUGAAAUGAGAUGUUGUUUUCAGGAUUUAGUUUAGAAGCAUAAUUGCAGGGCCGUGGUUAUAAUGUAUAUGCUGAUCCUGAGCCUUGCAAUUCUUUCUGAGGCAAUGUAAGACUCUGCUACCAAAAACAGUGGUGACUUUUUCUUGAAGGGUAGAUGGCCUUAUUAAUUUUUCUAAUCAAAUUGUUUCCAUGGUAGAAGAAUCAACAUUGCUACUUUUGUGAUGUCUGCUUUUAAGAUGAUGCUGUUGCUUUAUUGUACUGAGCGAAGUGUCCGCCUAAAUCUGAGAGAUAAAUAUGAGAAAAAGGGAACAGGUGAUUGUUUGGUAACACAGCCGAAAUGCAGGUGCAGUGAUUGAUAGUGAGGGUGCUAUAUAAAUUUGAGAAUUGAAAAUUGUAACUUCUUGGCAUGCCUGAUCAUUUCUUGCUAUCUGCCUGGUGCAUCAGUGUAUGAAAAAAGGAAAAAUUAAUUAUAUUAAAACCACCUCAACCCUUAUUGACUAUUGGUUAAAGGUCAUGUCCAAGUAAUUUGUCCUCUACCCUGCUUGGUCUCUCGAGUGCGCUUUCUGUGUCAAAACAAAAAUUAAAAUGCCUGAACCCUUAGAGAAGAACACAGCAGUCAUGCUAUGAACCAGGGAGCUCAAUUUAUCACUGUUUAUCAGCACCUACCCUGGCAGAACAAGUUAAGGAUUAUGCAAAGAGCAGUGGAACAAAGAAUGCUAGGCAUAACAUUAAGACACAGGAAGAGAGUGGUUUGGAUCAUAGAGCAAAUGGGUGUAGCCAAUAUUCUAAUUGACAUUAAGGGAAAAAAAAAUGGCGCUGGGCAGGUCAUGUAAUGCGCAGGUUAGAUAACCGUUCGACCAUUAGGGUCACAGAAUGGGUACCAAGAGAAAGGAAGCGCAGUCAAGGAUGGCUGAAGACUAGGUGGGGCGAUGAAAUUAGGAAAUUUGCAGGCGCUGGCUGGAAUCGGUUGGUGCCGGACAGGGGUAAUUGGAGAUCGCAGGGAGAGGCCCUUGUCCUACAGUGGACGUAAAAGAUGAUGAUGAUGAUGAUGAUGAUGGUCCUGGCAUUUUAUGAUUUCAACAACUUGUAAGAAUAGAGUUGCAGCACUUGCUACAUCAUAAGAUGAUGUUCAAAUUCACUUUGAAAAUUCACUUUGAGCUGUUAUUCACUCAUUCAGUCAUGGGCACCUUGCUCACUAUUUUAUGGCAAUUGCCUUAAGCUCAGUAAGAGCUGGUAUGCAGAACUGUUGAUUGCUGGGAGUGCUCACUUGCUGCACAGGAGCUAUUUAUUUAUUUAUUUAUUUAUUUAUUUAUUUAUUUAUUUAUUUAUUUAUUUAUUUAUUUAUUGUACCCUCAGGGCCGAUGGCAUUGCAGAGGGAAGUGAGGAAAAGAGUUUGACAUAAUAUUCACAAGUAGAGCAUCAACAAUACAACCAAACACUGCUAUUACACAAUAUUAGUGAAUUGCAGAUAGAAGUGCAUAACCAUGAUGACGUAGGGCCUGUGGAGGCUGGCAUGCAUGUAUAUGAGGGCUAGCACUGAGCAUGAAGGCAAAAGUAAGCACUCAGGGAAGUACCCACUGGGGAGCACUGAGAAUUGCAUUGCCUGAAGCACAUGUGGCUCAUGCAGACACAAUUCACUUGUAAAUUGCACGUAGCUUAAGUCUUUUAGGGUCCCUAUGAAGCCAUUGCCUGUUUUAACUGUCAUGUACAGCUUUAGGCAAACACUUGAUGCCUGACCUGAUGGCAUGCUUUGUUGUUACGGGUACAUAUGUUGUUGGGAAACGGCUAUAGUCAUGUAAUGUACUGGCCAAUGGUCUGUGCCUGUUCGGCCUAGCAUUGACAUAAUUAUCCUUCUGCAGCAAGAGUGCUGCUGGCUAAACUGCCAUCAGAUCUCUGCCAUAUGCAUGUCAUGCUCUUUGCUUAAAGUCUGUCAUUAACUGCGCACUGGUUAUGAUGUUGCACCUUGAUGUGCAUUUAGAGUAUCUCAGGCUUUGCAGAAAUGAAGUUUCACACUAGAGCAAGAGACAGGGGUAUCUGAGGCAUCUAUCAUUAUAUGUUUUACAACGAUUGUUGCAUAUGCUCUUUAAAUGUUUUUCAGAAACACACUUCAUACCAACUCCUGGCAUGGUGGGUUUGGUACAUCUCCUUGUUGAUCUGUUCAGUGUUCGUAUGUCUUUUAUUAUCGGCUGCGGGUUACAAUGUGUGCUCUGCUGUUCUGGCUUUUCAUGAACUUUCAUAAGUACUGCUAGGCCGAUAUGAGAUUUGUAUCAAGAGAAGAAAUUGGUGUUGCACUUUUAUAAAUUUGGGUUUGGCAAAUUGAGCUUGUGCCAUGAAAUAUCAAGUAAGAUACCUCAGUAUCAAGUAACAUUACCUUGUGAAAGCAUAAUGAGUCUGCACAUUUUGUGUGUGUUGUGUCUCAUGCCAUGAGCAUUCCUUUAUCUUUGUAGCAGGGCUAACUAACUCUGCAGGUUGACUUAUCUGGAUAACUUAUUCAAGUUGCAUCAUCUAAACUAUUUUUGCUUUUAUUUCUGUUGUCAAAAGCAAACGGCCAGUCAUUGCUGCAAGUGAUUCUGGAGGGCAUUUCCUGGUACUGAAGCCUAUCUUUGCUGCAAAUCAACAGCCUAAUCUGUAAGAUGAGAAACACUUGUUAUCAACAGAUCACCUUGCUUGCAACCUCAUCAUUUGGCCAUAAUAUCCAGCCAGAACCACCUUUUGCAUGUGGUGCCUGGAUGAAGUGAGUCCGCUAUCCAUGACAGUUCUGUGUGAUGUCUAGAAGUAUACUGAUGGGUUCUCGCUGCAUGCAUGACUCUACAUACUGGCGAGGUGAAGUUGGCUCCACCAGUACUAGUUGCAUGCGAUAACCUGUGAUAUUAUAAGCACUUGGAUGUAACUGCAAGCUUAGAAUUGAAGCUUGAAAGUUGCAUUGAAAUGUGGUAUUGUUGUUGAAACAGAAUGGCUCAAUUUCAAAUAGUGGUUUAUUUGAAGGUUUCUGGUGACACUAGAAUACUGGCACCUUUUUAAAAUGCUAGUGCUUUAUCAAAAAACUCUUUGUCAUCUCGUGACAUUGUAGCCAUGCUGAUCUGUUACAAUAAUUUUGCAAUGUUUAUUCUUGGAUGUUUGUCUAAAACAGCUUGAUUAUGUUACCUUUGGCAAUGAAAUAAACCAGGGACGACACCAGGAUAUUUUUGUUGGAUUGGGGAGGAGGGAAGUAGGAAAACAUGAUUAUCCAUUUUUGUUGUUGGGUGCACUAGGGUACUCCAUCACUUGAUACUACAUCCAGAAAAAAAGGGCAAAUGGGUAGGAAGAAAUAUUGGGCUGUUGGCCACACCUCUCUUGCCCCCUUUAGAGUGCUGCCGCUGAAAUCAGGUGCUGGUUUACCAAAUAAUUGACGUUGUUCACAUUUUAUGAAAGAAGCAGUGAUUUAAAGCAAUAUUGAAUGUUAGGUUUUUGUUGUAACCAAAAAAACCUUGGCUUUAUGCUUUUACAUAUGCCACUGCUGCCCUUGUUGUAUUUUUUGAGACUCUGUACCAUGUGCAUGUUUUCAUUGCAUUGCUGUUACAUGUAUGUGAAGAACAAGGCAUGCUGAGCUUCUUUCUGGAUGGAAGCCUGUUAUUCAUGCAUUCUUUAACACUGCACUGCCAGUGUUCUUAGUUGACGUUAUGUCCUUUGUCCUGUCCACUGUACGAAAGCUUUAAUGUGCCUUUUUAGUCCAUUUUAACAGUUCUGUCUAUGGACUAGCAUUGCUACGGAUUUUGGUUUGAACUCAUUCUUUCUGUUUUUCGAGUUAAAUUUGAACUUGGUACUUCCACAGAAAUUUAACCAUUAGUUUUACAGUAAGCCUAAGCAUGUUUCUUGCGCAGGCAUACAUUCCUCUCGUUGCAGAAUUCAGCCGCAGAACCCAGUGCCAUUGUACUUGGGCAGUGUGCUGGGUGUGGGCUAUUUAAUAUUUAUUAUAGUGUACUUGUUUCUUUACUUGGUGCACAUAGUAACUAUUAUCAAUUACUUAUUCUAGUAGAACUCGGCAUGUGUGUGUUAAUUAUGCCCAAAAGAAAACGGCUGGAUGACUUGUAUGGGGUCGUUGUCUUGCUAUGGCAGAGAUGUCAAUUUAUGCACAGUGGAAGCUGCAGUGCAACAGGAAUAUCUAUCUUUUUUCUUCAGAUGCAUGCUUCCUCUUGAACUGUAGCUGUUUUUACCAUAAGUGAGGCUUAAAGGUGAAACAUGUAGAAGAAGAUGAAUAUACUGGUUGUUUCACGGGAUGCGAGUGCUCAUGCAAGCUUAUUACUGGAAUGCUUGGUAGAAGCCAUUUGCACUGUUAAUGAAGUGCCACGAGUUGUUAGCAUUAGUAGGCUGUAUCUUGCAUGGCUUCCAUCGGCAGCUCAGUCAGUGCUUGAGCUGGUGUUGAUGUUUGCAGGACAGUGUGGUCCAGGGCUCCGACGAUAGAAUAACAUUAGCAGAAGAGCAGGACAAUGCACUGGGGAGAUGUGUUUAAUUUCUUGAAGCGUCUGAACCUUCACCGUUAGGUAUUUUAUAUAGCAACCAGCAGAUGUAACAUUUUCAUCAGAAAGUAAUUAGGAUGCCCUCUUAGCAUUGCUAUUAAAAUUCUGUCUCUCUUUUGUGCACUUUGUGCACUUACAGUUUGUACUAUUAUGUUUUCCAUCUUUAUUGCCUUUCACAUCCACACUAUAUGGUAACAUUCAAUAGUUUAAUAAUGUAGGGCGUCUACCAUUUUCUUUGCUCGUUCUUCUGUCCACACUGUGAUGUAUGAUGUACUUAAAUGGCACAGCUAAUGAAUCCAUUGUUAAAUCGUGCUGAAUGAUUUUUUGUUGUUGUUUACUGAUUACUUUUAUGGAAUUCCUUUCUGUCUUUGCCGGACGGUACUUAGAAAAAUUAACCAUUUGGCCCUGUAACGUAAAACUAUUCCCAUCUGUUUUUAUUCCACUCUCCUGACGGGCAGUAACCCACAGCAUUGUUUGAAAAGCCCUAUCAAACACACUUUUCGUUUAUAGGCGAUCACUUUUUUUCCUUUCAAAGUGAAUAGCAUGGCCUACAUUGAGCAGCUUUACUUAUCUAAUUGGCUGACACAAGGCGAGGAGCAUGCUCAAAUGGAGAGGGUUCCAAUGGGGCCGAGCCAGCACAUUGAAAGUAGAUAACUUGAUGAGGAGGGUGGUGCCGGCUUCUACGAUAGGUCUGCUUUACCUUACUUAGCUUGCGGUGGCUCCUAGAAAGUCACGGUGGCGUGUCAUGGAGGGUUAGAAAUGCUGCUAAAAUGGAUCCACACAGCACAGCAGUGUCGUAUAUCGCACAGCAAUGUCGUAUAUGUGCAGGAAGCACUUGAUAAGGUUAUACUCUCACGCAAAGCUUUUUAUUACAUGCAAAUAAAUACAUGCUCCCUGGCAGCUCGGAGUUGCCAGUGCCAGAAUGAUCGGCAGGCAGCCAUUUUCUAUUCCAUUUCGAAUGGGGCAAUGCCCGGCCAUUUGGAAAAAUAAAAAAUAAAAAUUCAGCUUUGAUGGCAUAUUUAUGCGUCUUUAAUGCGUAUACGUUACUUUGACGCGGUGAGUUUUCGCGGCUUUAUGAUGUCGCGUGACGGACAGGCGAAGUGGGCGCAGCCCAAGAAUGCUUGGCAAAUAGCAGAAGACUAAUGCCGAAUAAGGAGUCGAAUCAGACGGAAUUAUUUUUCUUUCGUUUGGUCUAAUCAUGCAUAAUUAUUGUGCACAUAUUAUAUCAGAUGGGGCGUUUUCGCGGUUUUCGUGAUGCUACGUGAAAGACAAGCGAAGGGAGGUGGCUCGAAAACUUUUUGAUCAAUCGUGGAGUGCUGAUUGCAGCAUUGGAAUAUAUAAGUUUGGAAUAGCUUUAGGUUAUAGCACCCCAUAUGGCCAUUCAUGGCAUCCUUUCUUAGCUACACCCCACGUGCGGUUCUAACGCUAUAAUUUAACGUCACUAAAUUUUCAUUGUGCUCGUGAUGAAGCCAUGCAAGUUGUCGAAAGUGCGUGGGUCAGCUUGAAGAAACAAAUUAAUGCCUGAUCCUCUACAGCUUAAGUUUGAAGACUGUCUUCGGGACCUUUUAAGGGGACCUGAAUCACUUUUUAUUGAAGUGAAGAAAUGCAUUUGAAGUGAAAGUAGGCUAUUUCAAAAAUACUUUGCCGCAGAAUGUACUUGAAUGCAUUCAGCAGAAGCAGAGUUAUUGGCAAUCAAACACAGCCUCCGCCGUGCUCCCAUUCCUUCUUCAAUGCCUUGCACUGCGAAGGCCACGGUGCAGUGGGGCGUGCCCACAACCCUGCGCCUUUUAAUUGUAACCGUGGCGCGCAGUUCAAAUUUCAUUUUGGAUUUAACGUGGACACCACAUUUUCUGAUUUUGGUGCCUAUGACGCGCUACAACAAAGCGGCUAGAUAACGGGUUGCCCAUCUUGCUAAGGCGGGUAUAGCUGCAUUGCCCAUCGUUAGUUCGCAUUAUCGUUGUAAUGUUUAUUUUCCUAGUACAGUCUCCCACCGCUCUGUGUUCGUACGUGAUCGCGUAAUAUUUGUGCAAAUACUACAAUGCGUGAGAUAAUGUGGCUCGUAGACAUAAAAAAAACCUACCUUGAAGAAAAUUUUUGGCAACUUUUGUAUGCACUUUCGUUGUGAUCCGUAUAGGCUCACUGUAAUUGUUUCUCCAUUCCCAGUAAAAAUAAGUUAUCUGUUAAACUUGAUUGUUGUACAGUUUUUGGCGUUAGUAGAUGGUUUUAGCUGGCUUUAGAUGGUUUGUAUUGAGUUCUAGUCAGGCUAUGAGAAUAAUCCCACUGAACAAUAUAUUGCAUUUAAACAUUUUCACCUUGAACUAUAGCUAUAGUGCAGAGUAAAAAAAAUACAUAUAAGGCUGUGUUGUUUGUUUUGAAGCAAGCCUGCACUAAAGCACUCUGGUCUCGCUAAUACAGUCUGCAUCUCACUCAAAAUAGUGACUAGAUUCAGCUGCUCAGCUGUUUAAGCCGCAUCUGGCUGGUGCGGAAAUGUACCUUAUUUCAUGUAAUUUUUUUUAUGUUCUUUUUUCUGUUAAUAAAGACUUGCGUAUGUCUGACAAACUGCACACAAAAACAGAGAAGAACGAGCGAAACUUAGGAGUUGGAACAUUUCUGUUUUAACAAUAAAUCCCCAGGGACCAACACUGCAUGCUCGCUAAGUUAUAAUGCAGCAACUUGAGCCCCAUGUAAGCACCUUGCUAGCGGAGCUAUAUAUAUAUAUAUAUAUAUAUAGCUUCUGUAGAGCUGAAGAAUCGCGGUGAACCACGGGCAAGUGCGGGUGGUCUGCAUGGUCUACAUACAGUAGUGGGGCGGGUGCGCCAUAUGGCGACCUCUGGCAUUAGCAUGGAGGAAGCCAUGCGUCGCGUACUCUGCAAGUGUUUUAUAUAGCGUAGCCUACUGUGUAGUGCAGGAACAAUUGAUUGGGUCAACUGACUGCACCGCACCGGGUCAUUCCCGUAGAGUAACAAAAUGCAUGUGCCAGUUGCUGGGUGUUUUAGAUUGCCGCAUCGCUGCACGUGAUGAAGCUGUAUAUAAUACGUGCUGUAUAAGACGUACUGUAUGAGGACGCUGUACUCGUUGCGUAAAAUUUGGGAGCAUUGCUUGGUUUUGCUCUAAGCGGGGAAGUGUGUAACAUAUGUCUCACAUUUUUUCUGUUGUUGUUUCUGGAUGGUUUUAGCGUUUAAUAAAAACGUCGCUCACUUGGACUGUGA